AUGGCUUUGUCGACGCCCGAUUCAAAUCGCCUGAAACUCAACGCCGGUCCAGGAAUCUCACGUAAGGUGCGAAUUGUUGGAAAAAUUCGAGGAUUUACCGAUCAGGAAUCUGCAAUUCCCGGCGGAGAUUCGAAGCCGUGGGUCACUGUUUCCCGGUCGCAAGAGAACGGCUCUGAUUCGUCUGGAAAAGUUACAAUCUCAUUCGGAGAUGAAGGGAGUAGCCGUAAAGAUGUAUAUGAAUUAGAUAAUUGCUAUGAACAAGACGAUGAUAAUAGUAUAGUAUUCUCAAGAGAGGUAAAACCACUGAUAUCAGAAGUUCUAAGUGGUCGAAAUGCAUCCAUUAUUGCAUAUGGGGCAAGAGGCAGUGGAAAAACCCACACAAUCCAGGGUUCUGUGGACAAACAAGGUUUGGCAGCAAUGGCAAUAGCUGAGAUCCUUUCGCAAACAAAGGAUGUAGAGAAAGCGGUAGUGGUCUUCGUUUCCUUUUAUGAGGUGUUCCAGGAUCAUGUCUAUGAUCUUUUGGAUCCUAAUCAUCCUGAAGUUCAAGUUCUUGAAGAUUCUCAAGGAAAAAUAAAGCUCAAAGGAUUGUCUAAGGCCACUGUGGAUUCUAUUUCACACUUUCAUGAUCUAUGCGCUUGUUGGACCGCACCAUGCUAUUCAGCACAAAAGACACCACUCCAAAUGCCCAAAAGGAGUCAUAAAGGUUUACUGAUACGUAUAGCAUCUGCCGAUGACAUCCAGGGUAGUAAAUGUCCCAAUGUGAUGAACUUUGUGGAUUUGGCAGGCUAUGAGGAUUCCAGAAGAAGUAGUAAACAUGGAAUUUCACUUACUGAAAGUACUAGAAUAAACAAAUCUUUGUAUGCCAUUAUGAAUGUGGUGUAUGCUCUGAACACAAAUGAAAAGCGUGUGCCUUAUCGAGAAGGCAAACUCACUCGGAUGCUGCAGGAAUCUCUUGGAGGCUCCAAUCAUGUUUUGUUGCUUACCUGCUUGAAUCCAAUUCCUUGCCAAGAUACUCUUUAUGUAGCAAGUUUGGCUUCACGAUCUUGUCAAAGCACUGGCCAGAUUUUGACAAGCUCUGCAAUGAAAAGUAAAAAGCACACUAAUCAACAAGUACAACUAAUGGGUACCCUGUUGUCUGGGAAAAAGAACAACUCUGCUAGCAAUUUAACAGGAAGGAAAUUAUUCAGUGAGAGAAAAGCUGUCAUCUCUAAGCAGGAUGAAGUCACCUCAGCUACAAAGUUUAAGCCUCGAUCAAAAAAUGCUUCAACCAUCACAUCUUCCUUCCAUAAAAAGACUUCUCAAGAUAAGUCCGAUUCAGAUAGUUCUGGAGCCUUGAUAUUAUCAGCAGAAAAUAUUCAGGAAAUCCCAAGUGCUUUCAAGGAAACAAUCUGCGAUAAAAAUAUAGAGAAGGAUGCCUCUCCACCAAAUAAAGCAACAGAUUUAGAAGUUACUCCCGAUGUUCUUUGUGAUGUCAAAGAAAUAAUUUCUUUUCCAGAUGAUGGUACUGUUGGUAUAGAGAAGAAAAAUGAAGACAUGAGCAUAGACAAAGUUGGAUCACCACCACUAAGUGCAAGACUUAGAGAAAUAACAAAUAAUUUAAGGUUGUUGGAGGCUUCAACUCCUUUGCAUGUACUGAUGCCAAAGCAGUCGGAUGUAUCCCAUGGAAACCUUGAUAGUUGUGACAUUAUAGAACCUAAAACCCCAAAAACUGAAACUGAUGUGAGAACUUUGGAGAUUGUCAAGUACAGUAGUCCUUGGGAGAAAUUUCAUACCCGCAGUUCUGGAGUAAAGAAUUGUCUUGUCCAAGAAUAUCUGAAUUUCUUAAAUACUGCCAGCAAGGAAGAGUUAACAAGGAUUAAGGGAAUUGGAGAAAAGAGAGCAACUUACAUUCUUGAACUUCGUGAAGAAUCUCCUGAACCUUUUAAGAGGCUGGAAGAUUUGCAAGAAGUUGGUCUCUCGGCGAAGGAGGUAAAUGGCUUGAUGAGAAGAAUGGCAGGACAGCUUUUCAUCUAGAUUGUAAACAAUAUUCUUUUGAUGGCAACUUAUAGUUGCCAGCAAUUCC